GACGUAUUCAACCGGUCUAUUUUGUUGUUGGUCUCUGCCUUUUUUUUGCACUUCUGAAUUUGUGCUUAGACAUUCAACAUAAAUAGCCGACCAAACCAAGCGAAACUUAUCAGUAUCUAUUCAACCAUCAACAUGAUACACGGCUACUGGAACAUUCGAGGCUACUCGCAGCCCAUUCGCCUACUUCUUGCUCAGGCAGAUGUUGAAUACGAAGAUAAAAGGUACAACUAUGGAUCGACACCGGAGACACUAAGAACCGAAUGGAUGAACGAUAAGUUCAACCUUGGAUUGGAUUUUCCAAAUCUGCCGUACCUCUUCGAUGGCGAUGUGAAGAUCACUCAAAGCAUUGCCAUCUUACGUUACUUGGCAAGAAAAUACAAAUUGGUCCCGAACAACGAAAAGCAAACGGCUCGUGUUGACAUGAUCGAGCAGGAAAUUCUCGACUGGAGGAGCCAGCAAUCUCAAUGUUUCUACAAUUCCGAUCAUGACAAUGUCAAAGCAGCGUACAUUGAAGGAUUGAAGGGCAAAGUGAAAUCGUUGUCUGCUUUCCUGGGAGGCAACGAAUGGUUGUCCGGCGGUGGAUUAACUUAUGUCGAUUUCUUGGUUUACGAGUGGAUCGAUGUCAAUCGUAUUUUCUACCCGGAAUUGCUGAACGGAGCUGACAACUUGGUAGCGUAUCACAAACGAGUUGAGUCACUGCCCAACAUUGCUGCGUACAUCAAAUCGGAAAAGUUUAUCAAAUAUCCAUUGAAUGGUGUCAUGGCAGCAUGGGGUGGUAAAUAGCUGUGUUAUAUACUAUGCAAACUGAACGAGAUGAAAUCUCUUCAAAAGAAUCUGUGGUCUUUGUUCAUCAAAUGAAAGAAUAAAAUAUGUUUUUGAUCAG